AUGACCGAAGAGCCAUCGUCUCUCCCCAACUCUCGUUCACCGACCCGACUUCUUGGCAAAGGCAUCGGUUUCAGCAACAUCGCUGCGUCUCCUCAGCGAGACCAUCCGCCCAUUUACGUCCCCCUUCCUCCACCGCAGGAUAACGGCGCUUCUCCUCCACGCAAAUGGACGCAGAUGGAUCAAGACGAGACGGAUGAGAAAGCACGUCAGAAGGCCAUGAAUGGGCUCGUGGCAUCCUGGAUGGACCGCCUGCAGCUCAUCAGUUUGAUCACGACAUUCUUUGCAGCGAUGGAAUCUCAACUCCUAGGCACAACCGUCCCAGAUGAACCCGGGAAUGACUCAUGGCCUAGUCAACUUGCGAAUGUGGUUCUGACUGGCGCCCUCGUCGUCCACGUCUUCGCCGCCAUCCUCGCCUUCCUUGCCGCCUUCUUUCUCAUUCGCUACAAGCUCGCCACCGCAAAGCGCGAAGAGCGCAAGGUCGAGUCAGGCCUCGAGAGCAGCGCCAUCACACCCUCGAGCAGCACCGGCCCCUCGCGCUCUGCGACCGGGCAGACCGACCCGCCGAUCUGGUCGGCGAACCCGCACCUAGAGCAGGUGGGCCCGUUCCGCCGCGGGCAGCCGCCAACGCACUUGCUCGACCACUGCCACUCGCUCUGCAUGUGGCUGUCGAUCAUGGGCUUCUUCUUCGCGCUCGUGGGUGUGCUCUGCUUCGCUUGGUCAAGGCUUGCGCUCAGCGGAGGCAUCUUCGCGUCGGUGUGCAUGGGCAUCUGCCUCGUUACCGGCGUGGCUGCAGUCUUCUGGCCCAUCUCUGGGCCUCAUCGCUGA